UUGAUUACUCUUCCCUGAACUGAACAGGGCCUUGCUUCUGAUGGGAGUAUAGGGCGCUUUUAUGACGGAACUGCAUCAAUUUUCAGUCUUUUAGGUCCAUAUUACUGUAGUCCACCAUGGCAGACGACGAAUUAGAAGCAAUUAGGCGGCAAAGAAUGGCGGAGCUUCAGGCACAACGCGGGGAUGCUUCAAAUAAUCAGCAAGGAGAGGAGGCCAAGCAAAGAGAAAAAGAUAUGAGGAACUCUAUAUUGGCUCAAGUUCUCGAUCAGUCUGCCCGUGCCAGAUUGAGCAAUCUUGCUUUGGUAAAGCCUGAGAAGGCCAACGCAGUUGAAAACUAUCUCAUUCAAAUGGCUCGUAUGGGAAAGUGUGGAGGAAAGAUUUCAGAGUCGGGCUUGAUCGAGAUUCUGCAACAAGUCAGUCAGCAAACAGAGAAGAAGACAACAGUCAAAUUCAACAGACGGAGGGUGAUGGACUCAGAUGAUGAGGAUGAUUACUAACUUUAAAUUGGAGCCCUGAGACAAGCCGAAAAAUCGGAUGAGGACAUGCAUUACUGGGACUCUGACACCAUCUCUGACCUGUUAGCUGAAUCCUGGGAUGCCGAACAUCCUUCCGGGUGUCUCUGGAAACUACAUCACUAAGAAGGAAGAACAACGUGGAGUUGACGCUGUGUCAUUAGGUGGUGGGGGGUAGAAUACACACAGUGUCAAAUAAAGUGUUCUUUUGCAAUCUCUUUACAGUCAAGUUGCUACAGAUUUGCUCUGCUUGUGUUGUACACCUGACAGCUCAUGGCACUGUUUGACUCCUCUGAUUCCUCUCAGUAGUUACACAUUUUUUCCAUCUUAUUUUGACCAUGUUCUGACUUCUGUUCCUUAAUCACAAGAAGCUAGGCAAAAUGCAUUGUUGCGGGUGCAUUUUAUCUAGAUUGUUCUGUGAAUACAAUAUGUUGUUUUUUUACUCAGCGCCAGUUUCCCCUUAGUUUCGGAUGAUGCUGCAUAUUUCUUUUUGCUGUCAUGUAUCUCAAAGGUUUACAUAAAAAAAAAUUAAAAAGCCUUAAAUUCA